AAAUAUUCCAACGACUCACUUUCUGAAUAUAAUGGCGGAUGAGUCACUGCGAAAUUCCACUGUUAAAUAAGUUGCUCAUUGCUAGAAAUAGCUGCGUAAUCUUGUUGAGAAUUGUGUCUGUGGGACAUUAAUUGUUGAAGUUUUUUUGGAGCGCGAAAGAAGAAUUAAACGUGGAAGCAGCAUCCAAUUUUUGGAGCUUUGAUACUAGUACUUUUAGAUGUGUUUGACGCCCACUUCAGAUUGGAGCUUUUGAAAAGAAAUCGCCAUGGAUGAAUCAGCUUACGAUACAAAGACAGUUAUUAUCGAAAAGACUCAGCCGAAUCAAGGCUUUGGUAUUGCCAUUUCCGGGGGUGUCGACAAUCCCCAUUUCAGCACUGGUUCAACGGCAAUUAUCGUUUCGGAUAUCGUACCCGGAAGCCCGUCAGAUGGCCUGCUCAAGGUCAGCGACCAAAUCAUGUUCGUGAAUACACGAAACAUGAACCGAGCUAGUCACAAUGACGCUGUGCAGGCGCUUAGAGAUGCUGGCAUGCAAGCGAGAAUGGUAAUCAGAAGAUUAAAGGUACCCGGAAGCCCAAGGUCUGCUCCAAAGGAAGCAGUCCAUAAGGGACCUAGCACCCCGAAAGGGGCCAGUACCCCAGUUGGGGGUAGAAGACAAGAGGCAGCCCAGGAGGUGAUGCAAAAGCCACCCGAAGCACAAAACCUCAGUGUCACCGUGAACGGACAUGUUGACAAACCACUGGACGACAACAAAAUCAGGGUGACCAUCGAAAGAGGAGGAAGAGGUUAUGGUUUUGCGAUGGGACAACUGUUUUACAUCAGAGAAUUGGCACCAAAUGGCCCGGCUUUAGCCACUGGAGAAAUACAGCCAGGGGACCGGGUGAUUGAGAUAAAUGACAAACCUUUGGAAAAAGUGAAGACUUUAAGUGAGGCUAUUGACCUCGUUCUCGGAUCAACUAGCCAGAUAUCCUUGCUGCUAGAAAAGAACGCAGUGAAGCCCUUGCCAGCCGCAAGGACACCGAAGAUGAAGAAGAAGGAGCAGCCGAAGCCUGUGGAGGAGCCUGUAGCACCUGUGAAGGAGCCUGCGAUCGCUGAACAAGCCCCCAUUGAAUUGCAAUCAGAACCACCCAAAAAUGAAAUGGCAACAACAUGGAAAUCUCCGAACGCAUCUUCUGCUGUGAAGGAGCAAGAGAGGGCGGAUGGUCCUGAUCAAGACAAAGAAUCGUGGAGGAAGGAAGUGAAACAGCCCGAGGCGAAGCCGGCCAAGGUGGAGCCUGUGAUCCAAACCAAUGUGAUUGAUUCGUAUGCAAGCAAAUGGGAGCGUGAACGGAUUGACCAGAUCAAGAAUAGGCGAUUGUCAAUGGGGCAUGAAGGCCAGUACAUCCACUUUUCAAAAUCUGGCAGCCUUGGCAUUCAAGUUGCCGGUGGCAACGCAGUUGGUAUUUUCACUGCCGCUGUGAAGCCAAAGAGCAAUGCUGCGAAGGCGGGUCUGAAACAAGGCGAUCUUAUUCUGGAGGCCAAUGAGAUUGAUUUCCGUGACAUCACUAGAGAGGAGGCUGUUUUGAUUCUUCUGGCCCUUGGCGAAGACGUUAGCCUCGUUGUCGUUCCAAAGAAAGGCGAAUUCGACAAGAUCAAAACACAGCUUGGAGACAAUUUCUUCGUGAGAGCCAAUUUCGACCAUUUCGAUAAACCAAGAAACAACGAAUUAACCUUUCGCAAAGGCGAAAUAUUCAACGUGAGGGACACGAUGUACCAAGGCCUGAUCGGCUCUUGGUAUGCCAACAGAGUGGGACGCAAGGGACAACUUCUGGACCAGGGAAUCCUGCCCAACAAGUCGAGAGCCGAACAACUUGCCAUUGCCCAAUCAACGGAAGAACGGGUCAUGCCUAAGGUGCUUGGUGGCAAACUUCAAAGACGGGGGUCGCUUGGAGGAUCGCUAAGACGCUCAAAGUUUAAGUUUACGUCACAAGAUAAGCUGGACGACCAAUCAUUUACUGACGUGAAUUUCCAGAUUCCUGCAUACGAAAGAGUCGUUCUUCGUGUUGCCGAUUUCAUGAGGCCAGUUGUAAUCCUCGGACCAGUUGCUGAUCUGGCAAGGAUGUUGCUUGUGGAUGAAAUGCCAGACCGCUUCUCUUUCCCCAUGCAAGCAGACUCGUUUGGGCAGAAAACGCAUUCACUGCCUCGUUCUGGUGACUAUGACAAGUUGUACGGCGACACCAUCAAAUUCGCCAGCAUCAGAGAGACAGUACAUGAGAACAAACACUGUCUGCUUGAUUUGACUCCUGAAGGCAUUGAGAAGCUCAUGUUCUUCCAACUUUGCCCAAUUGUCAUAUUGCUGAAGACUGUCUCUAAGGUUGCUGCCAAGACCAUGCGUGCUUCCAUUGUUGAUCAACUGAGACGAAGCCCCACGGGAGCCAUUGAUAUAUCUGCAGAUCCGCUGACAAGAAAACACGUGAAGAAGAUGCAUUCGAUGACGAAAAGGCUUGAAGAGUUCUACCCGCACGUGUUCACUGCCAAACUGAACACACACAUUGCAGGCAGCACUCCAAACAACAGGGAAUGGUAUCACAAAAUGAAAGAGAUUGUAUUCAGGCAGCAAUCGGAAAUGGCAUGGAUGCCAGAGGAAAAGCCCAACGAAGCUGCAUUUGAAGACAUGGACUUCAAAAGGCCGAACUACCUCUCUUACGUGUCUGGUGGCGAAAGUGAUACUGAGGCUGAGAGUGUCUGCUCAGAGCCGUUACGAUUUGAAGACUUCGGUGACAGCCAAGUUGACUCACCGCCUCGUUCUCCAGCACAUUCUCGCCGCCUCAACAAACCUGACAUUGAUGACGUUUUUGAAGCUACCCACCUGUCAGAAACAGAGGCACCUCCUCCACAGAAGCAAAUCAACGUGUAUGAUGAACCUAAUCGUGAAGAGUAUGUUCCGGGCCAAGAAGCCGGACGUAACUUAUAUGAUACACCUUAUGACGAAGAACGCAGGGAGGUAUCCCGGACGGCAAUUACAGAAACCGUUACUGUACAGCAUAGAGAGACAGUGGAAAGCUCGUUGCCACUGGAUUCAGAUGAGACCGGGUAUGUUUCAGGUAGGAGACCGGAAUCUCAAGAAGACGUGCCCGUUUUACGAGAACCCGGGUACAAAUUGCCACCUGGAUUUGGUGAGAAACCGGCAGAAAAGAAACCGGUGAAUGCAAUCAAGGUCUAUCCGACCGACCAUUCGGCGAAAGAUGCAAGACAGUCGUUGCGAAGAACUGAGAUCGUGAAAAAUGAGACUGUGGAGGAGAGCAGCAUCAAGCAUGAGAUCAAACAAAAGGGCGAUUCCCUUCGUAGAGUCCCGGCUGAUGAAAACCCGAUGCUGAAGGACAUGGACGAUAGAGCAGAAGUCAAGGUUUCUGAUAUAUGGAAACUGGAGGAUGAAAUCCAGGGACAGCCGCCUUCCCGCCCCCCGGCGCCUAGAAAUUACAUCAUUGACUCCACUCGUGAUAGCCGCAGCCGUGGUCAGAUGGUUGCUAACAGUUCAUAUAGACCUGGGCCAGAAUUUGCAGAGGUGAAGAGAGUUUCAAGACCCCCGCCACGUGGACCUGUGGAGGAACCUGUCUCUAUUCCACGUUAUGAAGACCGAGUAGAGAGUGUACCGAAUGGAUACAGUGAUAACAGUUCUAGACCGCCUCCCCCACGGGAUUAUCGUCCAUCUUCCGAUCGAUAUGAUGACAGACCCCCGCCUUCACAAUAUCGUCCUCCACCCCCAAGAAAUGAGCGGCCCCCACCCCAAAGUCACAGAGACCCACCGCCCCAUCGAGAUGAACGCCCCCCACCCUCACAAAGCUACGGCUACCAGCCUACGAGAGACGAACGCCCAGCACCCCAAAGCUACAGGGAACCUCCCCCAAGAGACGAACGCCCAGCACCCCAAAGCUACAGGGAACCUCCCCCAAGAGACGAACGCCCAGCUCCACAAAGCUACAGGGAACCUCCCCAAAGAGACGAGAGACCCCCUUCGCAGACUCGUAGGGAACCACCGCCUGUACGCGAAAAGCCACCUCCGUCGUACCAAAGCUUCACCGCGCGUCAGCAACAGCCAACUCGACGUGACGAACCAAAAAGAGACGAACCGUACCGUGAUUAUAGUACCGGCCCGUUGAAACCGAGCAAUUUGCGAGACCGCCCAACUCGUGACCAGGAAGAUGGCUCGGAAGGAAGAGGGCCUAGAGAUGGACAGUACUUAGACGAGCCGAAGGUGAUCGCAACUGCGCGCGGUAUCUUCGACCACCGUGGAGGCCUACUGGAAUCCACAGAGACGGGGGUUAGUGUUUAUGUUCCUGCUGGAGCAUUACCGGAGGGAAAGAAGCAGGAGAUCUACUUCAAAGUCUGCCAGGAUAACAAGUACAUACCCCCGCUCGAUUCGGAUGGAGGUGAAACGUUACUCAGCCCAUUGGUGAUGUGCGGACCGCAUGGUUUGAAAUUCAAGAAGCCCAUCGAGCUUCGUUUGCCGCACAAAGGCAACAGCGCCGAUGGCAUGCAGUUCUCUCUGAAGUCAUCCGAAAGUCCGGUCGUCUCCUCCACAGGGGAUCCAUCCAAGUGGAAGAACGUGCAGCUUGGUGGGCGCGAUUUGGAUGCCAGCCGCGCUUAUCAAGUCACUGACGACACCGUCUCUGUUCUUGUUGAUCAUUUCUAAAUAAGGGUUGCUUCAAUAAUUUGUAUCUUUGAGCAAGUUUCAUCCGAGGUAAUUAGACACUUGGAUUUUCGUAUAAUAAACAAUGGACAUUUUCGUAUUUUUGUCUCCAGUUAGUUUAACUUUAGAACCACACGCUCAUCCCCCCCGUGCAGGUAAAGCCGACCACUGUUAUUUUCAAUGCGAUUUGCAAAACGCGUUUCCAAUCAACGUAAUUGUAAGACGGGGGCACCUUUAGCUUGUAUGAAAAAGAUUGAGUUUUUCUGGAAAUGGAAGUUGUUCCGCUAUUUUUCUUUUGUGAAGUUCCGUUGCAACUUUCACCUUGAAUGCUUGCAUCCUUCAAAAAACCUGGUGACCCCCCUUGACGGGUUGUCAACACCCCACAGUCACCUAACACCCUCAGACCUACGUGUAGAGCUGUUAGCUCAGAUACACGUCAACCCCCUUCCCUCCCUCCCUCAAAAACUCCCUCACCUCAACAGCCCCUUAUUAUGUAAUAUCUUUUUUGCCGCCCAUACAUUUUUCCCAUGGCUCUCUCCACAGAGAACUUUAACCUUCCAUCUGAUUUAUGAUCUUCCAAUCCGCUAUAGAUCGGCUCUACCCUGCAUCCCUUUUCGACAUCCGGGAACUUUUGUCACUGGUCUUGCCCCUAAAGGUCAUUCCCUGCGUCAUGGACAAUGCACAAUAGACGCUUCCCAAGGGCGUGUGGUUCAUGGGUUUUAUCGUAAUCAGUAUGAAUCUCAAUUUUCUUGAUGGUAUUUGAACCUUAGAUGUAAUUUGAUAGUUUUACUUCAAAUAUCCAAUAAGAUAUUUAUAUAUCGUUUUUAGAGAUUUGUAAUCAUGUUUUGGCUUUCGCAUUGAUCUACAUGCGCGGGUUUCCCGCGAUUUUCUGCAUUAAUAGGCUUGCACUUGGGAUUUCCUGCUCGAUAUAAAACGCCUUGUAUUGUUGCUGUAGUUGUUAUGGGUUAACCUAUUAGUGUUGCUUUGGGUAACUUUGCUAAUGUUGCUAUAGGCUACCACCACGUGUUUGUUGCCACGGGGUACCGUGUAAAUCAACGUUGUCUCUUGAGGAUCAGUUUUCCUCUUGGCUGUUUAUUUUAUUUGUUAAUUAAGCAAACAUUUUCCCUUGUCGUAGUUUUUCUACUAGGGGUAUUCAGGACCGGGUUUUUUAAACAAGGAUCCGGUACCUUUCAACCUAAUUUUUGAAACCGGAAUGUUCUGCUGAUAUUCGCUUUAAAAGCUUCUCCACACUAACAGCUUCUCCGCUUUUAAAGCUAAACCAUUUGUUUUUAAGUCAGCAAAGUUCGUUAACCCAGAGAUGUGAAUGUGGCAAUCUUCUCUAACGUGUAAUUUUGUUAUCGUGAUACUUAAUCUUGUAGUAUUUUACUGUGAAGUUUGUUGCACAGUAGACAGCACUCCUUAUUUGGAUAUAAUUAACAACAUACAUUGUUAUCAAGCACUCCUUA